AUGAAAAAGACAGUUGCAGAUAUAACUAUUCUCAAAUUAAAAAAUGGUAAAAUCACAUAUACUUUAACAUUACAACAGAUCAACAUACAAUCAAUUCAAAAUGAAUUAGCCAAGACAAUAAAUAAUUCAGGUGGAGUACAAUCUACAACUGAAGUAAAAGAAGAAAUAGAUGAAGAUGAUAUUCCCGUACCGAAAUCUGAGAUCGAUGACGAAGUUUCACAAAUAAAGCAAGAGAAUGAUGAAUUGUUAGAUGAAGAUAAUAUACCAGUUCCUAAAUCUGAAUUCGAAAUUAAUGAAGAAAUUGACAUCACCACCGUCAAGGUCGAGCCCGAGAAUAUACGAUUGGCUUUUCCAAAAGAUAUCUCAUCUCCUUAUGACAACAAGUGGGUUCCAUUAAAUGAAGAGAAUAUUGAUGAUGUUCAAUUCAAGGAUUUUCAAAUCUUGGCGUUUGUAACCAACGACGAAGAAGAUUUUAAUAUAGUUGAAGCAGUUGCUUCGGAAGAGUAA